AGAGGGUGCAGGUGUCAUGUUUCGCUUGAAAGACACUGUACUACAGUCGUGGGAGAACGAAGUGACAGCGGCUUGGAGUGGAUCGACAUUUCGGGAGUCUCUUCGGUUGGCAGCAGUGCGGCUGCGUUUAUUUGCGGUACCUCUGGAGCAGCGGACGAGAAUAGCAAAAGAAGUUCAGCGUAGUCGGAAAAAUAGUAAAAACGACUAUUACACCGGAAAUGGAUUUGGAUUGAAUAACAUGAUGAUUAACACUGGUGCAGGAAGAGGAGGAGGAGGAGGUGCGUCAACUAGCAUUCGUGGUGCUGAAGUGGGUGUACUGGCUGCCGCGAGCGCGAGGGGAGGUGCUGGAAAUGGCGUGCGUGGUAGUGGCGUCGCGAUGAGUCCUGGUUUGGGAGGUCCCCUGGGUGGGGGAACCUCUGUUCCAGCUGGAGGCGCAGCUGCCGCAAUGGCAGGCAGAGGUGGGAGAGACAGCAAGCACAACAUUGGUAACUUGAGUGCCUCUUCGAAACAUUCGACCUCGGGCUCUGGUGCUUUCGCGACGGUACGAACGAGAAUCAUCGCAGAAGGCGUAGUGGGCAAAAAACAGACAGACACGCCGUUUGCGCGUGUGGACGAUCCAGAACUUGCUAAACAAGCUGCCGCGGCUGAAGCAGAGCGCAGACAAAAGCUGUUUGACGCAGUGAAGAGCAAAAUAGAGGUAGAGAAGGCAGAAAAUCAAAACAAGCUACUGGCUGG